AAGGAGUGGGAGGGGGAGGAGCAGAGAAUCGCAGCGGAGCGAGGACGGAACGGGAGGGAGGAGGGUGGGCGGGGGGGCGGGGGGAAGGGAUUCCGAUCGAUAGCGUGCGCAGGAUUGCACGGAGAGUGACGCUGUGAUCCAGUUUCGGGAGGUGCGAUCUUUGUGUAUCGCCUUGUGGCGGACGCGGACGCAGACGCAGGCGGGCAGACGGGCGGGCGGGUGGCGGGUUUCGCUAACGACUGAUUAGGGUAGCUUUGUGGAUUCCUUGCGUAGGGUUUCUUAAGCACGGGGUGAAGACACAUCCCAGGACGCUGUGGUGCGAGAAUCGAGCAUAGGCUCGUGAGUUAGGACUGAUAGUUGGUGGGGCAGGAGGCCCCGAGGAGGGGACUCCAAGAUUCAGGUGGAAAUCCCGAGAGAUUGAUCUAGUCACCACUUGGAGCGGUCAAUAGGACAUCGUAUGAGAAGGUCGUCAAGCCGGACCUCGAGAGAGUAAAGGUGGAAAGUCGGAUUCAUCUGCUAACCUUUUUUCUUCUGUUUCCUCCAUUCAUCGAGCUUUGCAAGGUUCCACCAUGGCGCUCGAGGUUACGCAGAUUCUGCUCAAUGCUCAGUCUCCGGAUGGAGCUGUUCGGAAGGUCGCUGAGGAGAACCUGAAGCAAUUCCAGGAGCAGAACUUGGCAGCUUUUCUUAUUUCGCUGUCGCACGAGCUUGCAAACAACGAUAAGCCCCCGGAGAGUCGCAAGCUCGCCGGUCUCAUUCUCAAGAACUCUCUGGAUGCCAAGGAGGCACCGCGCAAGGCCGAACUUGUACAGAGAUGGAUAUCUCUCGAGCCGGCCGUGAAGACGCAGAUCAAAGCCUCGCUGCUUCAAACCCUGUCAUCUUUGACCUCCGAUGCGCGGCACACUUCCGCUCAGGUGAUUGCCAAGAUCGCGGCCAUCGAGCUUCCCCUCAGUGAGUGGCAGGAGCUGGUCGGUAAUUUGCUCGCGAACAUGGGUGGCCCGAAUGUCGAGCAACCAGCACACCUAAAGCAAGCUACCCUUGAGACCUUGGGGUACGUAUGCGAGGAAGUAUCUGCAGAAGUGUUGGCGCAGGAACAGGUCAACUCAAUCCUUACUGCCGUAGUUCAGGGCAUGAACUCGACUGAAACUAGUAACGAUGUGAGACUAGCCGCCACCAGAGCCCUCUACAAUGCCCUGGACUUCGCCCAGACGAACUUUGAGAAUAACAUGGAGAGAGAUUACAUCAUGAGGGUCGUCUGCGAGGCCACUCUCUCUCCGGAGCCGAAGGUAAGGCAGGCCGCUUUCGAAUGUCUCGUUUCCAUAUCGUCGACGUACUACGACAAGCUUUCUGUCUACAUGCAAGAUAUCUUUGCCAUCACCUCGAAAGCAGUCAAGGAGGACGACGAGCCCGUCGCCCUACAGGCGAUUGAGUUCUGGAGUUCCAUUUGUGACGAGGAGAUCGAGAUUCAGGACGAGUACUCUGGUGACUUUACUGGAGAUUCCGAGGUUCCUUAUUUCCGAUUCAUCAAGCAGGCCCUUCCGGCUCUGGUCCCCAUGCUUCUGGAAACACUCACCAAGCAAGAGGAAGAUCAGGAUCAGGAGGAAGGAGCGUGGAAUUUAGCUAUGGCCGGAGGUACUUGUUUGGGUCUCGUUGCUAGGACUGUCGGAGAUGAUGUGGUGCCUUUAGUGAUGCCCUUUGUACAAGAGAAUGUCUCGAAGCCUGACUGGAGAUGUAGGGAGGCCGCAACCUAUGCCUUCGGAUCUAUCCUGGAGGGUCCUUCCCUAGAAAAGCUGACACCUCUUGUCAACGUCGCUCUCAACUUCAUGCUGAACGCGAUGAAGGAUGAGAACAACCACGUGAAGGAUACCACAGCUUGGACCUUGGGGAGAAUAUUUGAGUUUCUGCAUGGACCAAGCGUAAACAAUCCAGUCAUUACCCAAGCCAAUUUGCCCCUCAUCUUGGCCGUCCUUCUCGAAAGCAUUAAGGAUGCUCCUAACGUUGCAGAGAAGGUGUGUGGAGCCAUUUAUUUCCUGGCUCAAGGAUAUGAAGAAACCGGCGUGACUUCCUCUCCACUGUCGCCCUUCUUCCAGGGUAUCGUUCAAGCUCUUCUUGCCACCACCGUGCGGGAAGAUGCUGGUGAUUCCAGACUCCGAUCAUCUGCCUACGAAACUUUGAACGAAGUUGUGAGAUGUUCAACCGAGGAUACUGCACCAAUUGUCAUGCAAUUGGUGCCCGUCAUCAUGCAAAAGCUCAACAGCACCCUGGAGAUGCAGAUUCUCUCGUCUGAUGAUCGGGAGAAGCAGAGCGAGCUGCAGGCACUCUUAUGUGGUGUUUUGCAGGUCAUCAUCCAAAAGUUGGGUGCAUCCGAGACUACCAAGUAUGGUGUUGUCCAGUAUGCAGACCAAAUGAUGAGCCUCUUUUUGCGAGUAUUUGCCUGUAGAAGUGCCACCGUGCACGAGGAAGCUAUGUUGGCUAUUGGGGCUCUGGCAUAUGCUACAGGUGUGGAAUUUGGAAAGUACAUGCAGGAGUUUUACAGAUACUUGGAGAUGGGUCUACAAAAUUUCGAGGAAUACCAGGUGUGUGCAGUCACUGUCGGUGUUGUCGGAGACAUCUGCCGGGCUUUGGACGACAAAGUGUUGCCAUUCUGCGAUGGCAUCAUGACGCAACUGCUGAAGGAUUUGUCGAGCAACCAACUCCACCGCUCUGUGAAGCCGCCCAUCUUUUCAUGCUUUGGGGACAUCGCUCUCGCAAUUGGAGAGCACUUUGAGAAAUAUCUCAUCUAUGCUAUGCCCAUGCUCCAAGGAGCGGCCGAACUUUCAGCAAUGCAAACUAUUCGCGAUGACGAGAUGGUUGACUACAACAACCAGCUACGAAGUGGAAUUUUUGAAGCCUACUCCGGGAUCUUCCAAGGUUUUAAGAAUUCGAAGGCAGAGUUGAUGGUACCCUACGCAGGUCACAUUUUACAGUUCAUCGAAAAUGUCUACCAGGAUAAAGACAGGGAUGAUGUUGUGACGAAAGCAGCAAUUGGGGUUAUGGGUGACUUAGCCGACACGAUGGGAGUUAACGCAGCCGUAUUGUUCCGGCGUUCGGUGUUCUACAAAGACUUCCUAGACGAGUGUACAUCUUCUGAUGACCAACAACUAAAAGAAACAGCACAGUGGGCCCAAGUCACCAUCAACCGUAUCAUUGCAGCAUGAUGCUGGACAUUCAUCAUACUAGAAUUUUUUUAUCAACAUUUUUCCUCUGUAUUAUUGCCUACAUUGUUUCUUACUACCACGUAAGAUACCCACUUGUUAGACGGCCUCCCGUGUUUUCAAAUAUCACGACGAGGACAGAUGUGUUGGUUUUGAAGAGUGCCAACAUAGCAUGCCAAAGCAGAACCCCAGCUGCGUUCAAUGAGUUGAAAGCGGCUACGUUGAAUAAGUAAUCUUGUAGGUCGGUAUUUCGGAUGUGAAGUAUCUUUUUAGCCCCUUCCCGUCCCCCACCCCCUCUCUCAAGCCCUUGAACCCCCUUUCAGGGUCCUUGUUUGUAUGUCUGGUCCGGUUUGGUUACAGCACGUAUUUUUGGUCAGGUGUUGUGGCCCAUUGUAGGUAGAUAUGGAUUGGGCACCAACAUUGACAAUUUGGGGUUCAGCAACUGAACCCAAUAGCACUGUUUAAUUUGCAUCCAUUAAAUGAAGUCUAUUUCUAUCGAUGAUGUUUCAUGGACUUGAGGAUUAUCCUCAACAUCCAGUCGGGCAGACCUGGUGCCGCCCCUCGGUAGCCCAACGUGUGUGUACCUCGUGGGUGCCACACCUGUACCUGGUCUCCUAUCCUUGAGCUCUUGGAACUUGCACGGCAGCUGGGUUACUUCAGAGCCCCAGUCUUUAUAUGUUGGCACGAUUCAUUCAGCAGUUCCAUCAGUAAUGGUUGUUUAUCAACGACAGGACAGAUUUAAAACCAUCCGUUGUAACACUUCUUUGAUCGGUUCUAAAUCUACAAGCAAUUUUGUAUCCGG